ACACACGUGGCAAGCUGAGAAGUCUUCUGUGGGAGGACACGGUGUAGAGACAUCAGACAGUCACACCCCCAACCCCGCCGCCAGUCACAACGCGAGCCAACAGCGCGCCACACCUUAUCUCAAUAGCUCUGGCACGCCCUAUCGGCUGCUCACGGCCAACCUGUCCAGAAUCCCCAACGAAGACUCGUCCUCCACACACGGGAUGUACAUAGAAGGGGCCAGUCUGUCUAUAUUUGAACCCACCACUUCCGGCGGUCGACCCCGAAGUUACAUGAAUGCAUACAGGCAUCCAGGGGGAGGAACUGCGCAUUCCAAUAAACAAAACGGCGACCACCCAUCCAGCAACUACGCCAAACCCAGCAGUCACGUGACGGACAUCGGAAACAGUUAUCUGAACCCUGCGGUUGUCCGCGGUCGAAGUCUGGUUUCGCCCAGUCUAAGCAACAGCGAGUCCAAGACGCUGGCCGUGGACGACGGCUACUCCCUACACGACAUUGACGAGGCCUUGGAAGACACCGUCACUGUACAGGACGACGACAACACGACCACUACUUCCGGGAGCUACACCAUCAACGCGGAAGAUCUCUGCCAGGAAAUCAACCAACUAUUCUUCAACGACAUUGUUGUGUAGGUUCGUGGUAUCUCAGCAGAGGAAAAAAAAGGCUCAUUUUUCGGUACACACGUGACACAGAUGUUGUCCCACGUCAUCAUACAAGCUCAAACAUUGCGCCCACCAUCAACGUGCUGGUGAGCCAGGUUUCCCCCCCCUCCCCCCUCACUUCCUGUCUUAAUGCAACGUGGCAUCUCCAACAUGACUGGGCACUCAAGGCAACAUUUGAGCCCUUUUUUUCAAGUAUUUACCCAGAGAGCGAAACAGAACGAUCUGGUAUAUACUUGUACACCGAGAUAGAUUAUUUCCUUUAUUAAAUGAGCACAUUUGGUUCACAAGCUCAGUGCUGACAUUGACAUUACAGGCCAGAUCAUAGGCAGCAAGUCUGUAGGGUCCAUUUCUGGACAUUCGCAAGCCAUCACUCAUUCUUCAUUAAGUCAUUCGCUGAGCGGAUUAUCAUUCCGUUACUAUUCAUUAAUGGUCCAACAUUCUUUGAAGAUCCAUCAUUCUUUGAUGGUCCAACAUUUAUCAUUCACUGAAUGGCCCAUAAUUCAUCGUAUUUCAUAAGUUCCAUCUCCCCCCACAAAUGAAUAGCAUUCAAUCAUUCCUCAUAAACAGCAUUCCAUUGGUUAACACCAGGUGGCGCUAUGGUGUUGUAUAUAACAUUAUAACACACAUGAUAUUUUUACUACCUAAUCAGGUGAUACACGCCUAAGUGUUAUAUCUAUUUAUUUUAACCAUGAAACAGAAGAUUGUGUGCGAAUGUUAACAGAAGAUUGUGUGACAAUGGUGACAGAAGAUUGUGUGCCAAUGUUGACAGAAGAUUGUGUGCCAAUGUUGACAGAAGAUUGUUUGACAAUGUUGACAGAAGAUUGUUUGACAAUGUUGACAGAAGAGUGUGUGCCAAUCUUGACAGAAGAUCGUGUGCCAGUGUUGAUAGAAGAUUGUGCCUGAAUGUUGACAGAAGAUUGUGUGCGAAUGUUGACAAAAGAUUGUGUGCCAGUGUUGACAGAAGAUUGUGCCUGAAUGUUGACAGAAGAUUGUGUGCGAAUGUUGACAGAAGAUUGUGUACGAAUGUUGACAGAAGAUUGUGUACGAAUGUUGACAGAAGAUUGUGUACGAAUGUUGACCAAAGAUUGUGUACGAAUGUUGGCAGAAGAUUGUGUGCAAAUUGCGAAUGUUGACAUUAGUUUUGAUAGAUUUACAGGUAAACCCAGACUUUAAAUGGCUUUGUCUGAAACACUGCUCACCUGAACAAAGAAAUACAAUGCUGUUAUUUGUAAGGCUAGGCUGUGUGUGGGGCUGUGAGGCAUGAUUGCAGAGGAAGGCUGUGUGUGGGGGCUGUGAUGCAUGAUUGUAGAGGAAAGCUGUGUGAAGGACUAUGGCGUAUGAUUGUAGAGGC